AUGUUAAAGCCCUGGAGCUUCCUUGCCAUGGUCUGGUACCAGCUAACUUUCAAGCCUCAGCCACUCUCCGAUGAUAUUCGGCUUGAUGGAUUAACGGCUAUCGUGAUGGGCGCGAAUGUUGGUCUGGGCUUUGAAGCCGCUAAAGAGCUAGCAUCUCACGGGUUGUCAAGGUUGAUUUUAGCUAUCUUGGUAUGGCAACUAGAUCAAGAGUCAUGGGCAAGUAUGGUGGCGUUCGCUAGGCGCGUGAGCACCGAACUUGACCGUCUCGACAUCGUGCUGUUAAAUGCGGGGCUGAAGCGGCUUGAGUUUACUCGGUCGCCGACAGGCCACGAGGCACACAUUCAAAUCAACCACCUCGGCACGGCACUACUGUCACUGCUACUCGUAGAACCACUGCGACUAACAGCGCAACAGACUGUAAAACCUAGUCGAAUGACUAUCACAGCGUCUAGCGUCGCCUUCGCGGCCCCUGUGCAGGACAUCCUGAAGCCCAAAGGUGGAAAGGGCAUCAUUCCCUGGCUCGACGAUCCGGCUUCAUUUAAUCCAGAUGAUAGUCGCUAUUGCCUUUCGAAGCUGCUAGAUGUAUUCUGGACACGCGCCCUCGCUGCGCGCCUCGACCCUACCGAUAUCAUCCUCAAUACUCUCAACCCUGGGUAUUGCAAAAGUGCGUUCCACCGCGUAGAUGUGACCGCAGAAUGGGCUUCGAGUUUUCUGGCCUGGACUAGCGCUGAGGGUGGUUACCACUUAACGGAUGCUGUUGUGCGACACCCGGAUAGCCACGGUGAAUAUUUAAGUGAGCAAAGGAUAAGGCCUGUUCCCAGUAUCGUGUUGUCGGCUAAGGGCAAUGCCACUCAGAAGAGGUUAUGGGAUGAAACCAUAGCCUUGUUCAAAGCGGAGUGUCCGGAUGCUGAUAUCGAGUAA